AUGUUUUCACACCACCAACCUCACGGUAGACUCUAUUCCUCUCGAAUUACCAACAACACGGACACUCCUACCAGUGUGACAGCCUUCUAUCGAAGUGAAGAUGGUGCCUACGAGGAAGAAAUUACUCACUUUCUGCCACGUUUCAAAUCUCAUACCUUUGGACCCAAACUUCAUGGCAAUGAAAAAUUGAGAAUUGCUCGUUUGGAUAUUUCAGAUUCGACCAAACGAACCAAACAAUUCUUGGAACCAUUUGUUGCGCAAGAUAAGGAAAAGAUUGAUUUCAAUUUACAUGUACCUUUUGAUGAUUUGGUGUUGACUCAGGCAGAAGGAGGUUCUCGUACUCAUGUGGAUGAUCAUCCAUUGCCUCAUAAGAGCAAAACUGGAGUGUAA